GAGUAGUUGUGCAGUCCAACUGUUGCUCAUUCCGUCGUAUCUCUCGUCAACGCAGAGUUGCAUUGUCGUAAACGGGCGUCAUCUGGGACGCUGAACUGCAUACGCCAAGAUGUCCAACACACUCCGACCCUAUCUCAAUGCUGUUCGAAGCACAUUGACCGCAGCUCUGACAUUACAAAACUUCUCGUCACAAGUGGUAGAGAGGCACAACAAGCCAGAGGUAGAAUGCAGUACCUCCCCUGAGGUUCUGUUGAAACCAUUGGUUGUGUCCCGUAAUGAAUCCGAAAGAGUCCUCAUCGAACCAUCUAUCAACUCCAUCCGUCUGAGCAUAGCCAUCAAGCAAGCGGAUGAGAUUGAGAAAAUCCUGUGUCACAAGUUCACUCGUUUCAUGAUGAUGAGGGCAGAAGGAUUCGUGAUCCUCAGAAGAAAGCCAAUUCCGGGCUACGACAUUUCUUUCCUCAUUACCAACUUCCACUCCGAGUCUAUGUUGAAGCACAAGCUGGUCGAUUUUAUAAUUCAAUUCAUGGAGGAUGUUGACAAGGAGAUCUCCGAAAUGAAGCUGUCUUUGAAUGCCAGGGCUCGUAUCGUUGCGGAAAGCUACUUGUCAACAUUUGUAUGAAAUGGUCAUGUAUAAAGGGUGCAUUAUCAGAUCAUCG